AAAACCUACAGAAACUUGAACGUUACAAGUAACAACUGCCAACAAAUUAAAAGGUCUGUAGCGUGAAAGUAUCAAAGCUCCUCUGAUCAUCCAAGAUAGAACCUUCCUUUCUUUCUAUUCUAUAACCUCUCUUCACCAUUUUUUUUUUCUUCUUCAAGCAAUCUUACUACUCAAAAAAUAGAUGUGAACCCAAAACCCAGAAAAAUCUUGUUGUAUUUGUAUUUUUCUUUUUUUAACGGCUCCCUAAUCCCUCGUCUCCAGCCAUUUUUCAAUUCCUCCUUCCUCUCUCUUUAAAUACCCAUCUUCACCUCUUCUCAAAACAACCCUCUCUCUCUCUCUCUAACAGUUCUAUCAUGACUUCCUCCUCUGUUGCACUCUCUGAUGAUAAACAAAAACAGGGUGUCUAUGAUGAAGAUCUGGAACCUCUCCAAAAGCAUGCGGCUUUCUUUGAUAGGAACAAAGAUGGGCUUAUCUACCCUUGGGAAACCUUCAAAGGGUUCCGUGCGAUCGGUUCUGGGAUUCCUCUGUCCACUGUUGCUGCCAUAUUCGUUAAUGUCGCUCUGAGUGGUAAAACUCGUUCUGGAAAAUUCUCUCCUCUCUUCCCUAUUGAGGUAAGGAAUGUACAGAGGGGCAAACAUGGGAGUGACAGUGGUGUCUAUGAUACAGAAGGAAGGUUUGUUCCAGAAAAGUUUGAGCAGAUCUUUAAUAAACAUGCUCAUACUAAUCCAAAUGCUUUAACAUCAAAAGAGUUAUCUGAAAUGCUCAAGGACAACAGGGUUCCUAAGGACUACUUAGGAUGGCUUGGUGCAUGGAUAGAAUGGAAGGUAUUAUAUAGCUUGGGCAAAGAUGAAGAUGGUCUUCUACACAAAGAUACCAUUAGAGGUGUUUAUGAUGGAACCCUGUUUGAAAAGUUGGAGGAGAAAAAAGCUGCUCACAAAAAAGCAUAAUAUCGACUAAAAUGACUAGAAUUAGUGCUUAAAUUAUUCAUUUUAUGGUUGUUGUUAGUUGUUUAGUACUUUCAAUUUAUUCAUGUAGAUCAAUUGUGUGAAAUAAAUAAAAUGAAACCUGUAAGAUUGGAUUGUUUGUAGAAAUUUGUGGUUUCUUUUACAAGAACUUAUGCUGUAUUUUCACUUGAAAAGCUUGGAGGAAACAGAGAGGAAUGACUAAAUUAGUAGUAA